CAGAGCCUUCAUCACAGCAUCACAAAUUAAAUACAUAUUCCCAUACCAUUUCUUGCUAUCCACUCCACCGUACCCAUAAAGCAACUUGUGCUGAUCCAGCCAGUAAGCUAGCUGAAUAAUCAAUAAAGUCCCGAGGAUAGCAAUAAUGACGGCUCGUUCUUCCGCUCGAGAUUCGACCAGUGGUCCCCAAAGAAAACGAGGCAAUGUCAAGAACAAAAUUAUUGGAAAAAAGAAGAACCAACCAGACUCUGCCAUGGCGCCAAGUUCCUCUGAUGCCCCUGUGUCAUCGACCCGACUCUGUAUCAAGAAUCUACCUCCAUCCUUUACAUCUCUGAAACUACGAGAGUUUCUCGAAAAGGAAUUCCCAGUCCGGCAAAAAGGCAACGACGACGACAAGUUGGUGAUUACCGAUUGCCAUGUGCUCAUGCAUCCUCAUAAAAAGGAACAAUCGCGCCGCACUGCCUUUUGUGGAUUCCAAACUACCCAAAUGGCGCAGAAAGUGAUUCAAUUGUUUGAUCAGACGUUUGCCUUGACAUCGCGACUUUUGGUAGAACCCGCCAAGGGACCCAAAAAGAGCCAAACGCAAAAAGAUGAGAGUGCCCAAAAGAACAAAAAUAAAGCAAUCACUACUAGCAAAGAAACUGCAGCCCAAAACAACAACAACAAUGACAGCAAGGAAACACAAUCGUCUAAAAAGGAAUCAUCACGUGCGGCCAACUCCUCCUCUUCCAAGGAAAUGUUAUUGGCAGGAGUGGGAGGCAAAAACAAAACCAAAUUUUGGUCCAAUGAUUUGGCUGUUCCGGAACAAAAACCACAAACUCUUCCAUUGGACAGCAACAACAAUCAAGACGAUAAUGACAGCAGUAGUAGUGACAGCGACGACGAUGAUGACAGUGUGGCCAGUGAUAGUUCUCAAGACAGCGCGGAUCCUUUGAAAAAUGCCACGGAGAAAUCGGCUGUCGUGUCCGAUUUGGACUUUCUCAAGUCCAAACAAACCCUCGUCGAUAAUCUACAAGAAGACGACGAUGAUAAUGAUGAAGAAGACAAUGCACAGCCACAACCCGAAAAGCCGGACACUGAUUCGAGUAGUGACAGUGACAGCAGCAGCAGCAGUGAUGAUGACAGUGAAGAGGAGGCAUCUACUCAGCCACAAGCUGAAAAUACCCCAGCAGCGGCAGAUUCAGCCAAUCGACAGAUCGUGGACUCCAAAACACAUCAUGACAUGAACGACGACAACGAAGAUGAGACAGACGACUACCCCACCUCUAAAUCACUUGCAUCCAAUCGUCUUUUUGUGAGAAACGUGCCAUUCACCACCACGGAAGAGCAGCUGGAAGAACACUUUUCGUCGUUUGGAACCGUCCACGAGUGUCACAUUCCCGUCGACGAUCGCAAGAUUAGUAAAGGCUUUGCCUUUGUGACAUUUGACAAACCACAAGAUGCCGCGGUGGCACUGCAAGAACUGGAUGGAAGAGACUUUCAAGGACGCUUUCUUCAUAUCUUGCCCUCGCGACAAAAACCAAGCGAAAAUACUACUAAUAUUGCCGAUGUAUCCAACCUGUCGUACAAGGAACGUCAAGAACUUGCCCGCAAACAAGAUGCUGCCAAGAACACCAAAGGAUGGUCAGCGAGUUUUGUGCGAGGUGAUGCCGUGGUGGAUAGUUUGGCCGACCGUCUGGGGAUCAAAAAGGGUGACGUUCUCAAUGUCAAGGAAGGACUCAACUCGGGUGACGCGGCAGUUCGUUUGGCAUUGGCAGAGACACAAAUCAUUGAAGAAAAUCGUGACUACUUUCAAAAUCAUGGGAUUGACAUGGAGGCAUUGGUGUCCAUGAAGAGUAGUAGUAGUAGCGACAAGGAACAAAAUGAGGCUCAAUCGAACAAACGAAGCAACAAGGCUAUUUUGGUCAAGAAUCUCCCGUAUGAUACGCAUGUGGACGAACUGACAAAGCUAUUUGGUGGUGUUGGGGAGGCACCCCAAAGAGUGCUGCUGCCCCCAUCUCGAACUAUUGCGCUGGUAGAGUAUGGUCACAGCUCGGAUGCGAAGAAGGCGUUCCGGAAACUGGCCUAUCGUCGAUUCAAGAGUGUCCCCAUCUACCUCGAAUGGGCUCCCCUGGACUCGACAUUGCCAGAGGAGGAGAACUCGUCAUCAUUGGAAAAGGUCAAGCAAGCUCCGCCCACAAGCAGCAAGGAAGUCUUGGACAAUACGGAGGAGGAACAACCUACAAUCGACGGACCAACCCCUUCCAUCUACAUUAAGAAUCUGAACUUUGCCACAACAGAAGAACGGCUGCAAAAGUACUUUGACUCCAAAAUCGGCGAUGUUCGUGCCGUCCGGAUUCCGACCAAGCUGGCUCCCGUGAAAAAGCCUCGAAUCGGGAGUGCGGCAUCCAACACGAAAGACGACGAAAUGCAGUCCUUAUCCAUGGGCUUUGGGUUUGUGGAGUUUGGCUCUCAAGAAGGAGCCAAGAAGGCACUGACCCAACUACAGGGUACUAUCUUGGACGGUCACGCGCUGGAACUCAAGCCAUCCACCAAGUCGCUGACACAGCGAGCAGCGCCAAACCGUUCCAACACGAAGAACCCCACCAAAGUGGCCGUCCGCAACGUUCCGUUCCAGGCCUCUCGUACGGAGCUAUUGAAGUUGUUUGGCUCCUAUGGUCAGCUGAAACGCGUCCGACUCCCCAAAAAGUUUGAUGGAGGGCAUCGUGGUUUUGCGUUUGUGGAGUUUGUGACGCACAAAGAGGCGCUGGCGGCCAUGAAAUCACUCUCUCGUACCCACUUGUACGGACGGCACUUGGUCCUGGAAUGGGCCGACGGAGAUGAAGAGACUGGCAGCAUGGGUGUGUUGCGUGACAAAGCGCAGCGCGAUGUGGAGGGGCGCGACACCAGCAAGCAAACCAACCGAAAACGCCAAAAGCUGUCGUGAUCAGCACAGUGGCCAGUCGAGACCUGGGAAAAGGUGGUUGGGUGACAAUUGACUUUGGCAGCCAUGGAUACCUGCUGCUAACCUGAUCCAUAUAUAUGGAUCCUUGAGCAAAGCCUACAUGUACAGAUUUGUAUCAUAGGCAGUCAUGGAUACUUUUGCGGUUGGCUAUUCACUUCUUGAGCAGUGCACUGGCCAGCUGGCCUAGUUGCUGUGCAGAGUGAUGGUUGACAAGAGUGGCUGCUGCCGCGGCAAAUUUCUAGCUAGCUCUUAAGAUAGAUUCGUGGAGCAAUGAACUUGUAGCGCUGCUCCUGUACGCGGCUGGGUGUGGUCCUGG